AUGACUCGAUUGGAACCUGCUCUCCAGCGCUCAGAAAGUCGCUCUGUGAUAGAAAUGCAGAGCAGGAGAGGGAGCGCCAACACAAGCAGAAGAGGAAGUGUCAGCCAACACACAGAGACUAGAAGAGAAGUGGAACAAAGCAGCAGCAGCCGCGCCGUUUUUAAAAGAACCAAUCGCUUCCUCUCACGGGACAGGGAACAGGAAGAUGGCAGUCCUCCUGCUCCCAUGCGCCACUUCGAGAGAGGCCACCCUCUUCCAGUCACCCACAGUCCUGAGCGCAAAGCCACCAUCCCCUUCCGAAACCCAGACCUGGGUCUCCCGUCCAAUAGGAGGCGCUCCAACAAUCUCAGCAACGAGGCAAUGAGUGGCCUCUCCCCCCAGCGACACAUGUCCUAUUCAAAUUUCAGACGUGGGGACAGCCAAUCUCGUGCAAGCCCUUGCUCCGGCAGUCCGAGAUCUACCAAUGUUUCGCCGCAAAGGCGAGGGGAAUCGCGCAGUUCGUCCCAUCGCCGAGGUUCUGCUGCACACGGUCACUGGACGUCCCACACGUCCUCUCAGCAGGCUUCUGGGAAAUGCACUCCAUCACGAAGACGAGAUUCAGUGGUCACGCACACCACGUGUCCCUCACAAAGCUCGGGUCCGAAUAAAAAUGGAGAAUCCUUUAGCCCCGCCCACAAAAGAAGCCCUUCCCAGAGCUCCUACGGGCACAGCUUGGAUUCUGAAAAGCUGUAUAAGAAUCUCAAAUCAAUUGCAAGUUCGGCAGAGUCAGAUGCCUCUGAAGAAAGGAACGGCUGGUCAAAAAGACAUUCUGAUGUGGAAAUCAACAGCGAUUAUAAUGAACGCAACCACAGUGGUCACAAUAGCGGUCGCAGCAGUCAAAAGAGUGGGGGCCGCAGUAUUGGCUACACCAGCCGGAAUUUCUCUCCAACAGGAGGCUACUGUGAUGACAAAACAAGCCACGUCAGUCGAAACAGUGGUUACAACAGUCGCAACAGUGGUUCUAACAGCCCUGGUGCCUCAACACCUUAUAAAAAUUAUGAUAAACAUGGUACACUAAAAUACGGUACUUUGAAAAACAAAAGCCUUAGGAAUGGCGGAUACUCAGAUGCCUCAGACAAACAAUACAGAUCUGAUUCCCGCCAAUCUCUAAGCCCCACCCUCUCCCCUCUAAGCCCCGCCCUCUCCCCUCUAAGCCCCGCCUCACCUGCAUCAACGCCAAACAUCUCUCAAUCAAGGCGGAGCUGGAAUCAGGUUCCGUCCCCUGAUUUGCCCAAAUCCCAUGCCUUAACUGCAGAGACGGAUAAACCGGUCAAUGAUCGGAGCAGAAGCAGCAUCAGGCGGGGCUUGGAGGCGCUAAUUCUUUCAGAGAACACCAGGUCUUCCAGUCAACCAGCAGUGCCAGAGAUGACCAUUGAGGAUUAUGUGAUCAUAGCUAAUAUUCCCCGAUCUAAACUGUACCCUGAGGAAGAAGAAGCAAUAAUAGUCAGAAGGAGGCCGCAGAGCCGGAGCCCACGCAGAGACAAUCAGCACAGCUAUGGAGAUGGGAGAUAUGACAAUGAGCAUGAGGUUUCAGAAGAGCGAGGCAGAGGAAGAGAAAGAGAAAGAGAGAGAGGACGAGACCGCAGAGAGAAAGAGCGCAGACGUCUAGACAAAGAGAUGGGAGGCUCCUCAAAAACCAACAGCACUGCGUCGGGCCAUUCACAGUUCUGGAAUGUCUCGUACUCUGGAUUACUGUGCUCUGGAAAGUCGUAUUGUUGCUCUGGAAAGAUUUGUACUCUUGAUCUUCUGAACUGUAAAAAGGGAUGGAUGUAUAUGCUGGAUGAAGAUGAAGAGUGGAGGAAGCACUGGUUUGUGAUCUCUGACUCAGCACUGAGAUACUAUAGAGACUCUGAGGCUGAAGAGAGAGACGAGGCGGAUGGUGAGAUUUAUUUACGUCACUGUCUGCGAGUGGAGGAAUUUGAUGCUGAUAAAAACUAUGGACUUCAAUUGCAUAUGCGUGAUGGACUGGUGACCCUGUCAGCGAUGACCUCCAGAAUUAGGAGGAACUGGAUCGACACACUGAGGAGGAGAAUCUCAUUCAGGAAUUUGGCUGAAAGCAUCCGACACCCAGACAACAGUGACAUCAGCGACAGAGAGAACUCCAGUUCCCAAAAUGCACCGUCCCGAACCUCUCCCGCACCCCAUGACCCAGGGUCAGAUGUCGGUGGUCCGUAUCAGGAUGAACCCAACAUGAGGUCCUCACUGUUAACCAACCGGCGGGAGGCCGGCGAGGGGCGCGACAGAGAGCUCGAAAGACGUCUGGAGGACCGGACCAAGUGGUUUCAGGAGACAAUUUCCGACAGGGAGGGUGAAGACCCCUGGGAUAGGGUUGAAUUGAAGAAGGGGGUUGUGACUUCGGUGAUUUUGACCCAGCCGCAGGUUCCUGAUGCUCAGAUGGGGCCAAACAUCGAGAAGAAGUGGGCGGACUUUGAGCAGCUUCCAAUCGGAGAAAAGAGGUCACCGGAAGGUUUCCAGAAUCCGCAAACGACAAAUGAGGUGCUUCAGCGAGAGGUGGUGUCUCUGAGGCAGCAGAUCGAGGCUCUUCGUCAGGUCCGUGUGGGGGCCAGUGUCUGCGGUCCUGACGCACCCUGCUCUCUGAAACUCAAUCAGAUGGAGAGGGAGCACCGAGAGAGACUGCAGAAGAUACACGACGAGCACGAGCGAGAACGCAGAGAGAUUGAGAAAGACAAACAGAGACUGCUGCAGGAGGAAGCCAAGAAUGCAGUCCAAGCGAUGGAGGCUCUGAGGAAAGCUCAUCAGGAGGAGAUUGAGAAGCUGAGGGGUCACGGAGGAGGAGAGACGAAAGACCCCUCCAUCAGACGACAGCUGCGCGAGUCGCUCUCUCUGCAGCAGGAGUUGGACGGUGUGUCGGAGCGUUAUUCCCAGCAGUGCGUGGAGCUCAACCGCAUCCAGAACAGCACUGAAGAGCAAAACGGAGAGAUCCGACAGAAGGAGAGAGAGAUGGAGCAGCUCAGCCAAGAGAACCAGGAACUGCAGGCGCGUCUGACGGAGGAGAUAAGUCUCAUGCGAUCCUUCAUUACAGGCCAAAGGUCAGGAGUGGUUCCCCUUGGCAGCUACGAAAGGAGCACCUCUGAAUUAGAGAUGUUACUGAAGGUGAAGGAGAGCGAGGUGGAUUUUCUUCACAAGGAGAUCAGCUGUCUCAGAAAAGAGGUCCAAACUCUUACUAAGGAGAAUGAAGUAUUGAGCGAGCGCUACAAGCAGGUGUAUGUUGAGCUGACUGAAUUACGGGGCCGCAGUGAGAGAGACAUCAAUGCACUUAAAGAACACCUCAAACUCACUGAUGCUGCACUGGCGGAGGGGCGUCUCCUAGGCAACAGCACCGACCAAUGAGAACACAACAAGAGGUCAAAUAAGAUGGAUGGGAUGCAUUGGUUUCUCCAUCUCAAUUUGGUCAUGUAGAUACAGGAUAUUGUGCUAUGUGGAGCUCUUUUAAAAAAUCUUAUUGAUUAGAAACUACAGUGGUGCUGAACGUGAAUAAACAUUCCAGGCUUUUAAAACAAGGUAUAUUUUAAGUUAAAUGCAAUAAAAAUCUUGCAUCUGUUGGAU